UUUACUUGGCUAACGCUAACAGUAUGAAUGAGAGGCACACGAUAUCAUGGUAAAACUAUAAAUCAAAUCUCACUUGUUCGAGAUUGAAGGUGCUGUGCUGUUAUCAGGAGACAACAUUUGCCUUCUUAAUGAAAGGCUGAUCGUCUUCAUGUGGAACCUAUCCGUGGAACCGGUCAGGCCGACCCGUAAUAAAUGGUUCUGGUUCUGGCGCUGAGACGGACCUUUCCCCCCAUUCGCACUGCACUAGCAGAGGUUCUGCAGUUCUACUCGAACGGUCCAUCAUGGAGGUCAUUGUAAAAGUGAAAGAUUCCCAAGAAGAGAAGGAGUCUUCUUUUCUCUCACUUAGCUGCGGCUACAGCGACAUCAAGCCAGCCAGUAUUGAGUUGAUACUAAAGGAGGAGGAAGUUGCAGAAGACCGGGACGCGGCACUACUGCAAGCAUGUCAACAGGUCGCUAUGGUGAAGAUGGAGGAGUUCGAAGAACAUGAAGAGGGUUGUCGUCGACAAGAUGCGGACAGCGGAGAGACUCCGUGUAGAGUUAGCUUUCCGCCGCUGCAUCUCAGUGACGGCCUGUCGGGUUGCGGGGAACGUCAACCGCCGCCUUCGCACCAGUGCUCUCCGGUGACCACCAUGGCGUCUUCCCUGUCAAACCAUCUCAGGACAUCACACACUGCAGAGAGGCCUCCGUUUAGCCAAGCAACAGCAUUGAGAGUAGACUACGGAGCAAGGGAAAGAUUACUUCCUGUUUCGUGGGACCUGCGCGAGGAGUCAAGGAGGCCGGAUCUCAUGGAUAAGCUACAAGACCGGUCCAGACACCGAAAUAAGAUGAACGCAGCCACUGAGGAGGAGGAGCAUCACCACCGGCGUAUGUCUACGUUGCUGGGCAACAAGAAUGCGGCCAAGCACACACGGCUGAUAGAGUUCGGCUGGAUGCACAACGGCAGACAGGUGCGCAGCCGCAACGGCGGAGGCACGCGGCGUUUGGUCAUGCCCAAGAACGCCAGUUACGACGACCUCUUCCAGCUGGGGAAGGAGAUGUUCUUCCCGGAGGGGCUCUCCACCAAGGGCCCCGAGACUGACUUCCUGUUCCAAAUCCGGGACUACAGCGGCACGCAGAUGCCCCGCGAUGCAACCGUGGGAGCGCUCUAUGAGCCCCUCAAGCAUGGAAUGCUGCGACUCUACCUGUGCUCAGGUGAUCGCGGCGAACUCGAACCCGAGUCUGAGUUAAGAUUGGAGUCCGGGUCCGAGUCGUGCGGUUCUGAGCACGUGUCAAGCCCGAGCAGGCCCCAGCUCGGGCCGCCACCGCGCUCGACGUCGACUUCAAUGUCAUCGCUGUCAUCGGACGUCAACUGCGUUGCCUCCAGCGAUUUAGCUCACGAGGUCCUCGGGUACCCGGACGAGUCGUAUCACUUUGCGGUCGAGGCGUUGGCAUCGCCGCCGUCUUUUAGAUCCGGACACCACGCGCAGUUAGAGUUGAAUAGUUGUGACUCGCAAGCUCCCAAGCUUCUCUGUGACUCCCAGGAGUCGCGCGUCCCCGCUCUUGAGGCUCCGUCUCAACCAAAGAGGUCUCGGUGGGAGCCGUCGUGUCCCAGCUCCACUUCGAGGACGCUCAGACUGCGGCGCGUCAACAUCGCCCGCGACAUGAUCAAGCAGUUCGAAGACCCCAGCAUGAUGGACGCCGCUCUGUCUGUAAGCUUCGUCGGCGAAUCUGCCGCCGACGCGUCCCGCCUGGCCUCUGCAUCCGUGAGCUUCGCAGACGAGUCUGGCGUCAAUGCGCCAGGCCAAGCAUCCCCUCGGGAAGCGUAUUCCAGGUUUUGGGCAGUGUUCUUGCAGGCGGACGCUGCGGCGGCAGCAGCGAGCGAACAACGACGCCGCGCAUCCCCACCCUGCUGCCUGACCGGGGCAAGGCAGAGUGGGAGGCUGCCGGCAGGAUCCUGCUGAAGGGCUAUCGGGACGUUGGCUACUUCCCCACCCGGCUACCCCUUGCCUUCGCCGUCUGUCUCGUUCACGGAGAGGAGGCGCUCACCCCGGAGAUGCUCAUCAAGUCUUU